ACGUUACGUAGUAACGUGUGGGCUCACGUGGGUCAUGGAUGUCACAAAAAGUGUAGUUUGUAGUCGUUUUGUGUCUUUUUCUGGUGGUUUUGUGUUUAGAUCCUGUUAAGCUUUAAACUAAGGUUAACAUAUUGGUGCAAUACAACCAACAAAGGAACCUUGAUUUAAUCCAGGUGUAGUCAUUGUUGGCACAAACAGCCACAGUGUUUAGUUGAAUUUUGUGCAGGAGUGUAAGGAGGGCAGCUGUUCCUCACACUGUUUGUCACCAAAGAUUGCAGUGCAUUUAAAUUAUGUUUGGUUCAUAUAAGAUAUUUUAUGUUAAACAUUUUUAUGUAAAGUGAGCAGUGGGUGCUGAGGUGUGUUAUGAAUGUGUGUGGUACUGUGUGUAAUGUGACAUCAGUGUGUCUUGCAGAGCAGCUGGGAUUGUUGAUAGUGAACAGGUGCUGCAGCAGAGAUUUUGUGACUUUGUAUUUCUCUCUUAUGCUUAUGCACACGUGUCUGCAAGUAUGGCCCUUGUGUGUGUCUGUGUGUGUGCAUAUGGCCACAAAUGCAAGCAUGUGUGCACAUUAACCAGAAUGAGCGACAAUGAGCUGUUGUGUGGCUGGUGGUGGUGAGAAACCUAAUAGCCAAGGACACAGUAGCUCAGCCAGCAGCUGUCCCAUCUCUGCACCUCCUAUUACACCCACAACUCUAACCAUGUGGUCUCUGAACAACAGGACAGCAGCAGCAGCUCUCCCCCGGGUGCGUGCUCCCCCACGUGCUGCAGAUGAAACUUGAAGAAGCUGCAGAGAGUUUGGAGUUAAACAAAUCUCAUCCAGACUCAGCAGACACCCACAGACCACAGGACGGAUCUGAACUCACCCUGACUACUUCUACUGAACACCAUGAGGAUGUUGGUGCUGCCUCUUCUCAUUACUUUACUGCAGAGUCCUCUCUGUUUGUCAGUGACAGUAAGCAGCAGUAAACCCAAAGUGGAGGUCCACGAGCACACAGAUGCUGUGCUCGCCUGUGAGUUCAGGACAGAGAAAGAUCAAAAUCCUCGAAUCGAGUGGAAGAAAAAAGGAAAGGGGGUGACAUUUGUGUACUUUAAUCACAAAUUUACUGGGUCUUAUGCAGGACGGGCAAAGAUGGAGGGAGCGACGCUGACAAUACACUCGGUUACUCAGAAAGACUCAGGGGAAUACCGCUGUGAGGUGACUGCUGGCGAGGACCAUGUCAACCUCGGAGAAGCUACUGUAACCCUCAAUGUGCUCGUGCCUCCUCACGUCCCGUCCUGUGAGGUACCGAGCUCUGUAUUUGUGGGCUCAGGCCUGGAGCUUCACUGUAAGGACAAACUCAGUGUUCCUCCUGCCACCUACCGUUGGUACAAAGACAACAAGGCUUUGACGGCCACAGCAGAUACUCCAUACAGUGUCGACCCAAACAAAGGCGCACUGAAGUUUACGAGUGUGUCCAAAACAGACUCAGGGAUGUACCGCUGUGAGUCCUCCAACAGUGUGGGGGCGCCUAAAAGCUGUGUGGCCCAAAAACUGAAAGUUAUUGAAUAUCCUUUGAAUAUGACAAUCUUGAUAGCAGGUGCUGCAGGUUUUCUGUCGCUCAUCCUUUUCUGCUGCAUCUGUGUGUGUGUCUGCCAACGCCGAGGCUGCUGCAAGAAGGACAAGAAAACAAAAAGCACCAAGUCCUUCAACCCUCCUCCUCCACCACCUCCUCCCAUCCGCAAUAUCAAGCACUACAAACCAACUCACUCCUUCAUGAUCUGAGGGUGAAACACUCACUUUGACUUCAAACCAUCCAGAAUCUAAAGUGUACACUUAUUGUUCAACACACUGGAAAGAUACCUGACCGUCGCCUUGCUUUUGGACGGCUGCUCGCUGCUUUCUGAGACAUGCAGAUCCUGAAAUAUUAAGCCAAAACAGAGUUAAACAAGAUUUUGCAAAAACCCUGUUGCUUCCUAAACACUGGCAUUUAUGUGUUUAAGUUUGGAAAAGGGCUCCUUCCUUAUUAUCUACUACAAACUUACAGUACUGUAAAUUCAGUGUUUAACUCAAAUGCUAUAACAUAUGUUUUAUUAUUUGUGUCAAGAAAUUUUUAAAUCUUUUUUUUUAAACUCCUCAUUCUUUAGGGGCCAAGGUCAGACCCUUCAGUUUAAGUUUUAGCUCUCUCUCGCCACCUAUAGACAAGUAACUCUUAUUCAUCCACACUAACAAGUACUGUAUAGAUUGUAUCCUUCUUAUUGCCUUUCAUUUAUAUUUAGAUGCAGAUAUGUUUUAUGAGUUUUUUUCUUGUUAUAUUUUUUAAAUAUGUUUGUGUUCUCAUAAUUGUUUAAUCUUUGGCUGUAAAUUUAAAUAUUGUGAAUUGAGCGGCAAAUGAACGGGUGUCUGCACACACUGAAUGGUGCUUAGGACACUUUUGAAAUCUUUUAUACUAUUUUGAUGAGUCUAUUGCUUGUUCAGUAAAUAAAGAGGAAAGGAAAAAAAUA